CAUGACGUCAUGUAGCAUUGUGACGUCACAAUAAACAAAGAACAAAUCGAGGUAUUUCGGGAAAGUAUAAAGUCUAAUGGUAGAGAAAGACUGUAUUCACAAAGUGGGAAACAUGAUGCAAGGGUCGUCAACUCCAUCAGAAAAAAGCGGGAGGCAUACAAUAAAAAAGAAAUAUCUAGAUUAUAUUGAUAUCAUCAAAUCAGAAUUGUAUCAACACGGGUACCGCUUCGUUAAGUUUCUGGGUCAGGGAGGCUACGCCAAGGUCGUGCUCGCCGAAAUCAUGCCUGGCAAGUUAGCCCGCUACGAGGCUGAUGCGGAUUCGACAGGGAAUGCCUGUGUUCUGUCGGUUGCCAUUAAGGUAAUUAGCAAAGAAAAAGUACCUCAAGAUUUCAUCGAUGAGUGCCUUCCAAGAGAAUUGGAAAAUCACUCCAAGCUUCACUCACAUCAACACGUGGUACGCAUAUACGAAACCAUGCAGACACGCGAAAAUGCGUACAUAGUAAUGGAUUAUUGUCCAAAUGGCGAUUUGGUGGACUUGAUCAAUCGACACGUGAGAGGAGAUGAAAGAGGAAUUGGCGAGCCUAAAUCUAAAAAACUUUUCAAACAGCUCUGCGAGGCCGUACAUCACAUGCACAGUGCUGGUAUUGUACACAGGGAUUUAAAAUGUGAAAACAUUUUGCUUGACAAAGACAACAAUAUACAGCUAACCGAUUUUGGGUUUUCUGAACGUUGCAACGAAAGUAACCAGAUGCUGAAAACCCGUUGUGGAACAUUUUCAUAUACUGCGCCAGAAGUGAUGACUGCCGACUCUUACAACGGUUUCCAAUCUGAUAUUUGGAGUCUAGGAGUCACUUUGUUUGCCUUGGUGAAUGGUCGUUUUCCAUACAAUCAUUCACAACUCUCGGCAAUGGACGCAGACAUGAAGAUGCAGAGGUUGCAGUUUCGGCAAAACGUUUCAUCUGACUGCAUAAAGUUGAUUAAGAAGAUGCUGCAAUUUGCUCCAAAUAAUCGUCCAUCUAUCCGAGAGGUACUGGAUGAUUUUUGGUUAACUGGAAGGAAACCAAUUCCAAAACAAUUGAAUCGUCCUAAAUGGGAGACACAGUGUUCCCUCAAAGUUCCCGGGGCCUCGCCGAACGUUAGCAGUGCUACUAAAGCGGGAGCAACUGGAGAUCGCAAGUCGCAUUCAGUUGGCAAAAAAUGCGCUGCAUCAACUAAGCCGAGAACUGUAAUAGGGACGAUUACCAUUAAUCGUAAUGCUGGAGAGACAGUAACUCUCAAAAGUCCAUUACAUUGCAGCAAUUCAAAACCUCCAAAUAGAAUUCAACAAACACAAAAACCUGCGAGCACAUUAUCUCGCCCUCAACAUGCAGUCAGGAAGGUACAGAAGGCAAAGGGUACAAAUACUCACCAAAAUAUAGACUCCAAUCACGUGGUACAAGCCACAAUGGAAAGGAAACUUCAGUUGUUGGAAGAUGUUCGUUUAGCGAAUGGUGCACGUUUGACGCAGAAAGAACAAAUACCAUUCUGGCUCAUUAAGGAAGUGUUGAAACCUAAUAAAACGAACCCAGAAGAGAAUCAUGCUGUUCCUAAACAGCCCAUAAGGAACCUUGCUCCUUCACUAAAGCAAGUGGCACAUCCUCUUCCAACUAAAUAUGUAGUGCCACAUCCACCACAUAAAGAUAGCGCACCACAUCCACUAGUGAAGACAAACGUGCCUUAUCAACUACCUAGACUUGGUGUGCCACAUCCACUAGCGAAGUCUAACGUGCCUUAUCAGCCACCCAAACCUUGUGUGCAGCAAACGUCAUCUAAACCUUGUCCGCCAGCUAUAUCUAAGCCUGCAGUUCAACAACAGAGACGACGACUGAUUUUCCUCAAAGAAGAAAAAAAGAGAACGAUAAAAAAUUAAAUUUAUAAAGACUCGCACAGCCAUCUAAUGUUUUCUAAAUUCUGGGGAACGGAACCAAAAGAGGUGGAAGAUCUAGAGAUUGUUGCUCCAGGAUUGGUGAGCUUUGGUCUGUGUGCCCAGACGUCCCUAAACUUGCUCUCACAACAUCAGCACCAUCUCAGAGACCUAAAAUUAUGAAAAGUCUCUAAGUGAAUCACCAGACAGACCAAACACCAAAAUUUCAGCUCUGUGUUCCUAACCAUGACGAUGUGGAGGAAACAUUCCAGUGGUUACUCAAAGAGUUGACAUUGAGGGGUAUAGAAAUGCAACGGCGUGUGAUUUUCUGCGAGUCUGUUUCAACUGUGGCAAAAUAUUAUUCUGUAUUUAGAAUGUAUUGUGAUUGAAAUUGUGAAAUGUUUGAAAUGUUCCACAGUAAAACUAGUGAUGAUACUAAAGAAAAAAAUUGGAAAGGAUAUUUGAAUAGAUUGAAAUAUAGGAGUGUUAAUUUGUAUAAACUCAGCAGGAAUGGUUGUCAAUUUCUUAAAGCUUCAUAACAUUGUAUAUUAUGGGUUACCACGUGAGAUGGACAUUCUUGCUCUUUCCUGAACGUAUCCUCUAUAAAUGCCAUAAAGGUCAUCUGAAAUUGGUGGAAUCAUUCGUUGCGGAUCUUAUGUCUGUGAAGCAUAAUUUUUGUGACAUCUGCGAAAAAUUUGGAACUGUGGAAACGAAACCUGUUCAGCAUCUCAUCCAGCAUUUUCAGAUAUACACAUGAAUCCACAAGUGAGGAGGAGGUGCUGAGGCGGUCAUUCACACCAGACAACUGAGCUUAUGUUAUAUGCACUACAAAAUUUUAAACUUACUGAGAUUUCAACUAUAUAUAUUGUCACUUCUGAAUUGAUUCAUGGAAUUAAUGAUGGCACAAUAAGUGAAAUAUUGAACAUUCUUGCUGUUCUUUUUACUCCUGAUGAUGUUAUGAAAUAUGUUCUAUUUGGUAUGUGAUCUUGCAUCAGAUUUUUGAUUUAAUGCAUGUAUGGACCAGUGGUAGCAUUAUAUAUAUAUAUAUAUAUAUUAUAUAUGUGUGUGUGUGUGUGUUUGUGUGUACUCAGUGCUCCACAUCUAAGGAAAAAAAGAGUUUAUGAAUUGAAUUCUAAUGGACGUUCUUGAUGAUGUUUAGAACCUAUAUUCAUUAUUACUUGUAAUUGCAGUUCUACCUUGUAUUGAAUAUUUGAACAAAAAAAAUUAUAAGCACGAGUUAUUCAUCUUUUCCAGAAUGUUGUAAAAAUAAAGGAAAUAAAUACAAAAAAUGUU